AUGUCCGACCAAAUCAAAGACCAAAAGUCUCAAGACCAGCAAGUCCAGAUCUUAAAGAUCAGAAUUACUUUGACCUCCACCAAGGUUAAGCAGUUGGAGAGAGUCUCUGCAAACAUCAUUGCCAACGCCAACCAAAGACGUUUGUUCAAGAAGGGACCCGUUAGAAUGCCAACCAAGGUCUUGAAGAUCAACACCAGAAAGACCCCUAACGGUGAAGGUUCCAAGACUUGGGAUACCUAUGAAAUGAGAAUCCACAAGAGAUACAUUGACUUGCACGCUCCUUCCACUGACAUCAAGCAGAUCACCCAGAUCACUGUUGAGCCAGGUGUGGAUGUCGAAGUUUCCAUGGCUGCCUAA